AUGAAUAAAACGACAGCCACGUGCUGGAUGCUCGUUCUGUUGGUGGCCAUCCUUUGCGAAGGUGUGACCUGCAAGGGAGGGAGAGGAGGAGCCCGAGGCUCGGCGCGUGGCUCAGCUCGCGGGCGAUUCCGCGCUACGCGAGUGCGGCCCAAGUACUCCAGCUGGAGCCGGUCCUACGGCUCCAGGGCGCGGGUGGCUGCGGCAGGGGCCGCUGCCGGCGUUGCGGCUGGAGUCAUGGCCGGGAGGCUGCAGAGAUCCAGGCUGACCUGGGACGAGGGCAUCCAGGGGUACGUAAGCAAGAACUGUUCUCUGGAGAGGAACUGCACGUCAGAAGCGGGAGUCUAUGGUUAUAGAGCGUGGACAUCUUCUGCUGUGACAUUGUGGUUUUCCUCUAGUUUACCACCCAUGUGCGUUCUACUGACCUUGAAAUAUUUCCACUUGUAA